AUGGACGACACCACGCAGCCCCGAGUAGGGCAAUACUCCAAAGACAAAAACCAACCCGACAACACCUCCAGCUCCCACCCAUCACCUUCAACAUCCGUAAUAUUCGAUACAUCCGACGAAGACAUCGAACAGAAUGCUCCAACGAAAGAGACCUCCAAGACCUCCCCCGCCGACGCCGACGAACCACCCCCAGACGGCGGUCUGCAAGCCUGGACACAGGCCCUCAUGGCACACCUCGUCGUCGUUAAUACAUGGGGCACCAUCAACUCCUUCGGCAUCUUCCAGACCUUCUACCGCGACUACCUCUCCCGGCCGGCGUCUGACAUCAGCUGGAUCGGCUCGAUGCAGGUCUUCUUCCUCUUCGUCGUGGGCGUCUUCACCGGACGGCUCACGGACGCGGGAUACUUCCGCACCGUCUUCGGCAUCGGCUCGGCACUCGUUGUGCUCGGGAGCUUGACCGCGUCCUUCGCAACGGAAUACUGGCAGCUGUUCCUGUCCCAGGGGCUCUGCAUCGGGCUCGGGAUGGGCGGGUUGUUUUGCCCGGUGAUGGCUGUUUUGUCGACGUACUUCAAGCGCCGGCGGAACCUGGCUAUUGGCAUUGCCAUCAGCGGCUCGGCUACGGGAGGCAUGAUAUAUCCGGUCAUGGCGCGCCAGCUCUUGCCCAAGAUUGGUUUCGGGUGGACGAUGCGGGUGAUGGCGUUGAUGCAGCUCGUGACUUUGCUGGUUGCCAACAUCUUUAUGAGGUCUCGGCUUCGACCGAGACGUGCCGGCUCGCUUGUCGAAUUGUCGGCUUUCAAGGAGAAGCCAUAUCUCUUGUUCACGAUUGGCAUGUUCUUUAACUUCUGGGGUGUCUACUUUGCCUUUUACUACAUUGGCCCCUUCAGUCGCGACAAGUUGUCGUUCUCCUAUGAUACCUCGAUCGAUAUCCUGAUGAUAAUGAACGGAGUUGGAGCCAUUGGCCGCGUCAUACCCGGCUUUCUCGCAGAUCUGUUCCUGGGACCUCUCAACGUCGUCACACCCGCUGCUGCAGUUUGCACUAUUCUUCUAUUUUCUUGGAUGGCAAUCAAGAGUGCUGCUGGUUUAUACGCCUGGGCUGUGGUAUAUGGCAUCUUCGGAGCCACGGUACAAGGUCUUUUCCCGGCCGCCCUAUCGUCUCUUACAACCGACCUUCGCAAGGCAGGCACACGGAUGGGUAUGGUGUACUCCAUCGUCAGUUUUGCCAACCUAACCGGCCCCCCUCUCGCCGGCGCGUUGAUCAAGAUUGGCGGGGGAGAGUACACAUGA